AUGGUGGCGAUUCCCCCUGACACCUGGCAGCUGCCCAACGUCUACCUGGACACUAGCAUGGGGGUCAGUGUGUUGGAGCUGUACUGGGAACAUGCUCCAAAGACCUGCAAGAACUUUGCAGAGCUGGCUCAGCGGGGCUACUACAAUGGCACCAAAUUCCACAGGAUCAUCAAGGACUUCAUGAUCCAGGGUGGUGACCCGACAGGGACAGGUCGAGGUGGCGCAUCUAUCUAUGGCAAACAAUUUGAAGAUGAAUUUCAUCCAGAUAUGAAGUUCACUGGGGCUGUGAUUCUUGCAAUGGCCAAUGCAGGACCAGACACCAGUGGCAGCCAGUUCUUUGUGACCCUCGCUCCCAUCCAGUGGCUGGACGGCAAACACACCAUCUUUGGCCGAGUGUGCCAGGGUAUAGGGAUGGUGAGUCGAGUGGGCAUGGUGGAGACAAAUUCCCAGGAACGUCCCGUGGAUGACGUGAAGAUCCUUAAGGCAUACCCUUCUGGGUAGAUGGGAUGCUGUCUCGGGCACACACAGGUCUUCUAAGAUGGUCCUAGGGAGCCAUCUUCCGAUGCCAUAGUGUGUCUUGUAUCGGUGUUAUGCAUACCUACUCUGACACCCUCGGAACAAAAGGAAGCAGAGGGGUUGUCUUUGGGGGCAUUUGUUUUCUGGCCAACAGUCACAGACCUGAAAAGCAGGCAGUGUUGAUGAGGUGUUAA